AUGUCAAUUAUUGUACAACAUAAUAUACGUCAAAUUGAAGAAAAACUAGAACCAUUAUUAUAUGAAAGUAAAUUUUCAUCAUAUUUUACUUUAAUUGAAGAAAAAACAAAAUCUAAACGUGAGCAAAUUGCAUUAACUGUUAUUAGUAUUUUUCUUAUCUAUUUGACUUUUGGUUGGUAUCCUAAUUUUAUUGGUAGUUUGAUUGAUUUGACAUAUAUUGUUUAUGCAUGUGUAUGUAUUAGCUAUUGGAAAUUUCCGCGUCGACAAUUUUUUCAUACACUUCGAUUAUAUUGGUUAUUAAAAAGUAUAUUUUUAUUAUGGUUAAUCAUACCUAGACAAUUUGAUUAUUCCCAUAUACUUUAUUAUAAUUUUAUAAAAUCAUUUAUCUUAAAACCAAAAUAUGGUCAAAAAAAUAUUUCAUCCAAUUUAAAAUUUAAACGUAAACGAAUUGUAUUAACUUUUCUUGGUAUGAUUAUUCUUCUCUUCUAUUUAAUUUUUGGUUGGUAUAUUAAAUGUGUUGGUAAAUUUAUUAAUUUUUCAUAUCUCAUUUGUAUAACUGUAUUAGCUAUUGAAAAUUUUCAUGAUAAAGAUGAUAGACAAUGGUUAGUACAGGCAUGA